UGGCUGGACGGUGAAAACUUUUUGUGCAGUUCCUUUUCGAGAGUAGUUGUGUGCGGACGACGGUAGAAAAUUUCACGCCCGAUCGAAGAGUAUGGCCAUCGAUCAGCCGAACCCAUAAUCAAUCGAGGAAAAAAACGGACCCCCAAAGAACAGUUCCAUCUUUAGUGAAGCUAUUUCCGCGUUCCCGUUACGAUUGCGUUCGGGGGUUUUCGCGACCGCCAGUGGAAGUGAAACGCGGAUUUCCGGAAAAUAUUGGUGUAUGUGCAAUUUUUGGUGAUUAAUUGAAAAAGCAAAAGGAGUGGGAUCAGGGACAGCGCAGCCAGACAUUCUUGCUGCCGCAGAACAUUCAACCGACAGCGAUUGGAUGACGACGGAAAAAAAUAUUUAGCAGCGAAAAAUAAUGAUAUUCAACCUUGAACGGGGCACAUCAUCGUCAUCGGCGAUGUCGUCGUCGUUGUCAGUGGCGUAGAAGCAUCGGAAGUCGGAAUCCAUUUAGGAGCUUGAUUUGAGCUCGUUUUGUUGAGUGAGGGAAGUCACGCAAAAAAUAGUGUUCCGAUCCGCCGUGGCAAAGUGUGCUGCAAAUAACAUCGCAUCAGGAGUGGUGUCCUUUUCCACUAUCAUAUACUGCGUGGGUGGGUCCGGUGUGUGUCUGGAAGAAGCGAAACAGUUGAAGAAGCGGAGGAAUCGUGCUCACCCGUCCGAAAUAUAGGCAGAGCGCGACCAUCAAAACAAAAGUUGAAGAAAAUUCAAGCCAAGAAGCGAGGAGGGUCGCGGAGCCGACGACGACGGAAGAAGAUUCUUAUCAGCAUAAGGGCGUGAAUUGAACCGAGAAAGCGUAAUACAUACCUACUGCGAGAGUGAGGUGCUACUGGUAAAAGUGAUCCGAGCAGAGCUGAAGCUCCGGGCCUGGGCAUAUUGGCUAUGAUGGCUUGCAUAGCAGAGUAGUGAGUUGUUUUUGUUCGAUGCCGUCGUAGAAGUAGAGCACCGAAAAUAGUGUGCACACAAGCGCGAGUGAUAUCCCGGAAAAGGGAGUUGGCCUCUGGGCUGCGCGGUGAUAGAAAGGAAGUGGCACAAGAAGAAAGCAAGUCAGAGGUCGGAGAAUAACAUUUUCAUCGUCGCACACCCGCCGUCUAAGGUAAACAACAAUGGGCAGCGUCUGGAAGCGGCUGCAGCGUGUCAACAAGCGGGCGGCCAAGUUUUCCUUUACCGUGUCGUACCAUGAGCUGCGGAUGGAAACGACGGCCAAAUGGCGCCCGCACAGCUUGCACGUGGUAUGGACUCGCCGCUCUCGGCGAGUGGUAUCCAGUCCAAUGGCGUGGGAACCGGACCUCGUGAAUCCCGUGUGUAGCACAAUGGCUUGGCCUAUGCCGGACAACCACACCAUCGCCGUCACACUGUUCAAAGACAUCCGGACGCACGAACUGGAGGACAAAGACUGGACCUUUGUGCUGGAGGAUGUAUCCCAGAUGGGCAAGAAGCGGCUUCUGGCAUCCGCCACCAUUAACAUGCGCAAAUAUGCUAGUAUAGAAUCCACACAGCAAACGUUCAUGCUGGAGUUGAGGCCUGUUUCGAAAAAGAUCGUGUCGGCACAGUUGGAAUUGACGCUCAGCUGCGUGUUUUUGAGGGAAGGAAAAGCUACCGAUGAGGACAUGCAGAGUAUCAUCUCGCUGAUGUCGGUCAACAAUGUGACGGAUAUUGCACCGUUGGACGAUUUGGAGGAUAUUCCCGAUUUGGAGAACUCGAUUGAGAUUUCGGAGCACGUGUUGGAUUUCACGCAGCAGUUGGAGCAGCUGACAACCAGUUUGAAUACUUCAGACCUGGCGACGCCCAUGAGUGUUCCUUCCCUAUCGGAAGAUCUAACGCCAGUGAUGAGUGGUUCGAAAGAUAUGUUCAAAGAGGUUCUCAACGAUCGCGGCUAUAUUUCCCUUACCAGCGAAGGAGGUAUAAGUAUCAAAGAGCCAGACGAACGAGAUUAUAAUAAACAGAAACCCCCUGAACUAAGUAUAACAGAUCCACCGCGAACAGAUUGGAACUUCCGGAAAGAUCCCCCGUCAAACGAGAUGACGCUCGAAGAGUCUCAAAAGCUGGAAGACGAACAGCUUGACCCUCUGGAGGCACUCGAAGAGGAGGAGAGUCCCCCACAACCAAAACAACCGGCAUCGGUUGCACCUCUCCCACCUAUAGCGCCCAGCAUAGAUAGCGAACUUACCAAAAAAUCUCCCGAAGAAUUGCAAAGUAGCCGAGCGGAACUGAAACCUCUGAAGCUUAUCAAGAGCUACGAUCACAAACCGGAAAAGGAGAAGGUCAUCGUUACGGAUGUUCCGGAGCCUACACCAGCCGUGGUCAACAUUCCAGUGCCGGAACCAGUGAUCGAGCUGAAGAAACCGAUCCUGCGGGACAGCACUCCGGGACAGGAUCUGCUCGAAUGGUGCAAGGAAAUAACCAGGAACUACAACGGAGUAAAGGUUACCAAUCUCACCACCAGUUGGCGCAAUGGAAUGGCCUUCUGUGCAAUCAUCCACCACUUUUAUCCUAGUUUAGUUGAUAUGAGUAAACUUUCACCCGGGAAUGUGAUAGAAAACUGUCGGACGGCCUUCGAUGCGGCAGAAAAGCUGGGCAUACCGCGAGUUAUAGAACCUCGGGAUAUGAAUAUGUUGGCCGUGCCGGACAAGCUCGCCGUGAUGACCUACCUGUAUCAGUUGAGGGCGCAUUUCACCGGCCACCAGUUGGAGGUACACACGAUAGAUUCGGGCAUUCCGUGUCAGGCUUGCUACCUAGCGGCAGAACAAGCCAUGUGCAUUUAUUCGCAAACGAAAAAGUCACGACGGGGGGAAACUUCGGACGACUCCAGCUACGUGAUCGGUAACUACAAAUCGGACAAGCUGACCAAAGAUUUGCUCAACCUGAACGACAUGAUCACACCGAAGGACGACGAUCCGUUGAAGCGGGAGGCCAACUGCAAGGCGCAGCUGCUGGCCAAUUCGAAAGCCCUCCUGGGCAAGGUGCUUUCGCCGACCAAAGAUAAGUUCCCCUCGGUGGCGUUCGGAACGCCAGCGGCCGCCAUCGAUGGUGGCAACGGACCGAUGCCCAACGGUACGUUUGCGACGGCGGUGGACAGUGGUCCCCCUGGGAACGGUAUUAGUCCCAGUGACGACGAAGACACUGGCGGUGGCGGUGGUGGUGGGAAUGGAAUUAGCAAUAGUACAUUCAAUAACAAUAAUAUCAAUAACAAUACAGCGGAAUUGAACGGGACGGUUUCGGACGAGCUGGAGGGAGUUUGUGAUAGUGUGACGAGGAACGAAUCGGACAGUGACCGAACGGCACCAGCGCUAGACACGGCGAUGACGAAUAAAAUUCUUUUGCGGCAUAAGGAAAUGAGUGAGAAGGCUAAAUUAAUGAUUGAAAAGCUUAGAGCGACUAGUGUAGAUAAGGGUGGUGAUAUUGAAGCUAUCGAGCGGCAAACGCGGUUACGUGAGCAAGCGCGGAAGCUGAUCGCCGAGACGAAAGCCAAAGCCUUAACCCUAGACUCGCCCUCGUCUCCGACGAAGAUCAGUACGGCGCACAAGAUGAACUUCUCGCCGGAGCGUACCAUCUCGCCGAUCCACAACGUUCCGGAGUUUAUCUUUCCCAGUGUUGGAAUGCUUAGCAGUAGUAGGAAAGACUCACCGGUGCGGUUCGGUACCGGAGAGGUGCGAACCACCGACGGAAGUGAUGCUAAUCGGAAUCACUUGCUGAAAAGGACGACGCCUUCUCCGAACAAACUGUCACCCUCGUUACUUGAAAUGAUUGCGCCCAAGAACGAGGGAAGGGUGGAAAAGGUCAACUACAUUCAGAGUGAAUUGAACAAACUGGAACGGGAGCAAGAAGCCAUCGAUCAGAAGGCUAAUGCCCUGGAAAAGAAACUUCGAGCUGUGAUGGGUGGCACAAUGACAAAUGUGACCGAAACCGAAGAUCAACUGAUGUCCCAGUGGUUCACAUUGGUCAACAAAAAGAAUGCCCUGCUAAGGCGGCAGAUGCAGCUGAAUCUACUUGAACAAGAGAACGAUCUUGAGAAAAAGUACGACAUGCUGAAUCUGGAACUGCGGGCGGCCCUCUCGAUCGAGGACUGGCGCAAAACGGAGGAACAACGGGAGAAGGAGGCCCUGCUGUUGGCCGAACUGGUAGCCAUCGUGGACAAGCGCAACGAGCUGGUGCAGAAUCUGCACAGUCAAGAGCAAGCGAUUGAGGACGACGACGAAAUUGAACGUAAGCUGGAAACCGUGGACAUUAAUCACAAGGAUGAAAAAUGCGUAAUUCAGUAGUAGCCUUCGCUACAUGGAGAUUAUCUGGAAUACUCAAAAUUCGGUUCACCAGAAGUAGGUUCAUGGAAACAACUGCGGUUACCAUGUGUCGUACAUUGUAGAUAGCUUCACUUUAGAGGCCCUCCUCGCCGCUCAAGGAGAACCUACCAACCGAGUACAGGAACUUUAACCAUUCGUACUACAAGUCUUAAGGCGUACUAUUUAUUUAUUUUUUGGAAAACCAUCGUUAACGGAACCAGUGAUCCUAACCAUGAAUUCAUCACAAACUUAAUGCGUCGCAGAGAAAGAAGGUACAAUCGUCAUUGCCGUACACGUCAACAACAACACCGGGAAAACGAUUGAAAACUAUUUACAUUUAGACAGUUGAGUCAACGUUUCGAGGUAUUUAUCACUUCUGUGUGUGUUGUCUUUUAUUAGUAUCGAUUCCGUCCGGGAGAUUUGAUUUUGUCGAGUCGUGAGAAAACUCGAUGUGUUGUGUAUCGAUAAUGAUUGGUGAAACGUAGAUACCUACUGCUGCAACCUAUUCAUAUUCCUUACAAAGCCCCACCUAUUUUAUUUACAAAUAGAAAACUGUCUGUUGCCCUUAUUCAAUGUGAAAAGCUUUUUUUUCUGUGUUAAGAUGGGGAUUUCAUUAAGUUUUAGGCUUGUGUUUCGCUUUCAGUUGUACAUAUCUGUUAGGUUUAAAAGUCUUGUUUUAACCAAAAAAUCGAAUCACUUGAACACUCCCAAUAAUACUGAUCAAAACUCAGUGGUGGAGCCGGUUUGAAACUCAUUUAUUGAAAACAAAAGCGGUGUGCAAAUAUUUACUCGUUUUAUUAAAACAAUUUUAAGUUAACGUUUGCUCUAGAGUCGGAUUGACCAUGAUGACGAAUUAUACCCUAAGGUAAUGAUUACAAUAAUGCUAUAAUAGAAACUUUUACGUGAUACCAAUUGUGGAAAAUUCCCAAUUUAUAAAUACAAACAUUAUUUUUGUAAGCUUUUUAAGUAUACUUCAGACCUAAGUAGAAUUUGUCUUAUAUCAAAAAGAUCGUAGAUUUUGCAAUAAUUCCAAUUUCUGCAGAAAUGGAGAAAUUUCAAAGCAACUUUGAAAGGGUUUCAAACAAUCCGAUAUAUAUUUUGAAGUCAAGCUUAGUAGAUUUGCACGCUUUUCUCAGAAAAAAAAAAUCAAAUCGCAGCAAAAAGAAAGGAACAAAGUCAGAACGAGCAAGAGAAUUAAACAAAAUAUGAUAUUCUAGUCAUUCGAGUAGUAAUCGUAGCUAAACGGGACAAAAAUAAUUUAAUAUUGUAUGGAUAAGGAAUAGUAUUAUUGAUUCAACUGUGCUCUAUAUAUGUACACAAUACACAAAAUCACAAAUACUUACCGCUAGACGAACAAAUGAACGAAGAUGACUCGACUAACCAAAAAGAAGAAAAAAUUCUGCAUUAAACGGUGUUUGAUGGAAACAGAGAGCUCUAAUAUAUUUAUAUAUGUAUUAGUCAUUACAGAGGAA